GUGGCUCCAAUUGUCAUAUUUUACGAGUUUCUAGAUCUACUAGGAAUCAAACUCGAUAUUCUAUCUAGCCGAUCUUGGUUUACAAUUAACUCUACUAUUGCACUACUUAAAACGCAACUUAAACUAGCCAAUAAGGCAAUCAAAGUAAAUGAGGGGUUUCUAGAGUGGGAAGGCUCGCUUGGCCCAAGAAUCCCUAUAAUUAGCUACUAGUCACGGGCCCGACCAAUCUCUGCGCGUGUGGCCAUGGACGCUCUGAAGUCCCGUCUCGGUUUGAUUUUAUGCAUGUUAUAUUUGGUCAAGGCAUGGCUUGCGAUAUGGGCGAGGCGGAAACUGGAUCGUCACCUCCGCAACAAGUACGGGUUGGGUUUGGUCGAUCUGUUGAGGAAUUCUUUUGACGGAGCUGAGAGGAGCUUGAUUCCGCUGUUACAGGACUAUCCCAUCAUACUUCCCGCGCUGCUUGCGUUAUGGGCUUGGCAGGCCCUGGGCUUGAGCUCUUUCUUCUCUAUGCUUGUUUUUGUCUUCCUUUUACGUUUUGAUCCAUUCUCGUCUUUGCUUUUUUUUUUCCUUCUUCUCCCAUUCCAGCUUAAGAGACAAGGUAACUGUGGUUGUUGAACAUUGAAAUAUUAUAAUAUAAUAAUAAUAUAUUUAAUGCAGUCGUUGCCUUUUGUUGGUUGUUGGUGCUAUCUAUGUAACAUAGGAAGAGCUUCUUUGAUGGUCGCACAAGGAAAGUUCACACAGGCUUGUUGAUUAAAAACUCGUACCGGUUGAACCACAAAAUAUCGUUUUCGGGCUCGAAUUCGAAACCGUACAAGCAGCCGUGAUAAAAAUGUCUACGUCAACCCUGUCAGCUUCAUUAUACUAAAAUCCUUAUCCUUAAUUUUUAUUAGGUUUAAGAAAUAGUAAUACCCUAAUCAUCAUUAACCACCUAUUAACCACUAACUUUCUAUUAACUACUUAAAUUACUAUUAAGCCAAUAGAAAUUACUUAAACAUACUCCUAAAUUUGUAGCAGUGGCUUCAAUUGUCAUAUUUUACGAGUUUCUAGAUCUACUAGGAAUCAAACUCGAUAUUCUAUCUAGCCGAUCUUGGUUUACAAUUAACUCUACUAUUGCACUACUUAAAACGCAACUUAAACUAGCCAAUAAGGCAAUCAAAGUAAAUGAGGGGUUUCUAGAGUGGGAAGGUUCGCUUGGCCCAAGAAUCCCUAUAAUUAGCAACUAGUCACGGGCCCGGCCAAUCUCUGCGCGUGUGGCCAUGGACGCUCUGAAGUCCCGUCUCGGUUUGAUUUUAUGCAUGUUAUAUUUGGUCAAGGCAUGGCUUGCGAUAUGGGCGUGGCGGAAACUGGAUCGUCACCUCCGCAACAAGUACGGGUUGGGUUUGGUCGAUCUGUUGAGGAAUUCUUUUGACAGAGUUGAGAGGAGCUUGAUUCCGCUAUUGCAGGACUAUCCCAUCAUACUUCCCGCGCUGCUUGCGUUAUGGGCUUGGCAGGCCCUGGGCUUGAGCUCUUUCUUCUCUAUGCUUGUUUUUGUCUUCCUUUUACGUUCUUGAUCCAUUCUCGUCUUUGGUUUUUUUUUCUUCUUCUCCCAUUCCAGCUUAACACUAUGUUUCCGAAGGAAGGGAGGAAAAGAAGGGGAGGUGAAGAAAAAUUAGGAGGGGUGAGGAGAUUUGGAGGCGAAAGAAAUUGGGAGGAAAAUGUUGUUUUAUGGAGGAAAUUGGGAAAGAAAGUGUGUAUUGGGAAGUGUGAUGAAUAUGUUAUUGAUGACUCGGUAUUUGCACAUGUUUUCCCCUUUGUUUCUUGAUUGUUUGAGCUUGAAUUAUUGUUUCUUUGGCCUAUUUUACGCUAGGUUGUGUUCCUUUGUCACAUUUCAGGUCCUAGCACAUAAAGUGAAGCAUAGGCGCAAGUUUCAAGUCAAUCAGAGAUCAAUUGACGAUUCGGGAGAAGAAACUCGGGUAUGACCUGAAGAAGAAUGGAUUUCUAUCUCACUUUAUGGACAAAGAAUCAUUCAAGCUUGUCAUGAAAAGAAAGAGGACGAGACUACGAGCGUCUGGGAUCAAACGGCGACUGAUUCGGAGUCCGGACGAGGGAGAAACGAAGCAUUAAACAGAGGCUGAGCAAGCCACACGGGCACAACCCACACGGCCGUGUGACCUGGCCAUGUGGCCGUGUGGAAAUCACCGAGCCUUCACACGGGCAUCUGGGAAAGCCACACGGCUGUGUGAGUCGGGAAUUGCUGUUUAAAACCCGAUUUUCAGCAAAAGGAAAGGGGGAGAGCUGGGUUUUGGAUCCCAAACACCCUAGGGACGAACCCUAGAGAGAGAGAGCGACUUGGGAACAUUCUUGGAGCUAUUUUGGAGGAUUUCUUCGCCAUUGGAGCUCGGGAAUCAAGCUUGGAGAUGGAGAUUGAAGAUCUAGAUCAGAUUUCUGCAGUCUCUCUCUUCUCUAUGGAGUAACUUCCCUUCACUUAGGUUUUGAGGAACCUUAGUUCCAUGAGUUUGGAUCUUUCUUGUAUGAAGUUUUGGAUGCUAUAUUGUUUGAUUAUAAUCGAAUGAUGCAUGUUUAUUGAGUCAAUUGCAGUCUGAUCAACUUUUCCUGAUUCCUGCUGCAAUCUGAGAUAGAUAGAAUCUGAUUAGGUUGCUAGAGUCUCAUCAUUCGGUAGUAGGAGAUUGGCUAUACGAGAGUUAGCCAGUUUACUGCUUUGUACUGGAAUCCAAUUCCAGUAGUGGAGUUCUGUGCUUAUUGCUUCAGCUUUCUAUCCCAGUGAAGACUAGUCGUCUGCCGGAUAGUUAGACUGAGAGGGCUUGGUCAGCUUAAGAGAUUCCAAGCUACUGUCGGAUCUUCCGCAGUUUAAUCAACAGUAAAUCAACCAAAAGGAAUUACAACUUGGACCUAAUUGAGGAGCUAGGGGGAAUCAUACCUAAGUGAGUUCCCAAACAGUAAUUAGUAGUUUUACUUAGUUUAGUUAGUAGAGUAGUUUAGUUAAUCAAUCCUUAAUCUAGUUGGCUAGAUAAUGAACUGAAGCUGAGUAAUAGUAACUCUAGAGACCCGUGGAUUCGAUAUUUAUUACUUGUGCCACUAUUCUGCAGUCCCUUUCAUUGGUUACACUUGGCCAUUGUUAGGUGUUGUGUUUUAGAGCAUCAGUUAUUUUAUGUAAUAGUAAAAUAAUUUGAUAGUAUGUUAAUAUUCUAAUUAUGAAUAGUGAUUUAAUUUGUACUUUCUUUCUAAACUGCACCAGAGAUUGGCCGGAAAAACUAGUGGUAUGGUAUUAUUCAACUUGUAUUUUCACUAGAGAUUGUAUCGGAAAACUUUGUACUUUCUUUCUAACAAGCAUUCUAAAUCAAUUAAAAAUUAUUCAAAUUAUAUUAUACAAUGUUUAAAAAAUACAACUGUACCGGCUGGUCAGACUCGAAAUAUCAGAUAUUAAACAGCAGACAAUUUUAUCGGUAGAAAAUGAUUGAACUAUAGUUAAACCACGAUUUUAGUACAAAAUACCCUACUUUCCUGGUAUAACCUCCAAUACCGUACCGUAAUCAUUUGAGAAUUGUGACGAAUAUGGUAUUUAAUUGGGUAUAUAAUAAUAAAAUAAUUUGAGUAUAUAAUGAUAUUAUUUUCAUUGCUUAUGAAUUGUGAAUUGAUUUGUAGUUUUUUUUCUUAUCAAUGUGUGAUGUAAAACAAUUUUAUGUUAUGUUCAUGAUUCAAGAGUAUUGUAUUUAGUCACCUCGUUUCUAUUUGGUUAUUGCUACUUUGAUUUUAAUAGGCAACCAAUUUGUUAACAUUUUAGCAACAAAAAUAUAAUUGUUACAAAGAUACGUGCAUGCAUGUAUACUUGUAUUAAACUGAAGUUUGGACCGGACCGUACCGGACCGAGUGUAAUGCGGUCUGAUCCUUAGUCCACAUGAAUUUACAAUUAUUGAAGAAAUAAUGGACUGAACUGAUAUUUGGACCGGACCGAAUUGCCAGUACUUUACGAAAUAUAUAAAAUAUAGUUUUACAAACUAUGUCAAAAAAUUGAUAUUUUAUAUCAAGUAAGAAGUGCGAGUUUAAUUACAACUAAUAAAAAUAGCAAUCAAAUGAGCUUACUAUAAAUGAUAAUUAAUUUCUUUUACCUUGUCAUCUAAAUCCAACGUGGUGUAGAGCAAAAACGAAAAGAGAAAGAACCAAAAGGAAAAAAUUAAUUACAAUUAUACUUUCCUGGUGGGAAAACCAAGAAGAAAGAAAGGAGAGUGGAGAGAUGAGAGAGUAGAGCCCAAUAAAAAAAGAAGUAAAGUGGGCAAUUCGUAUUUUCUCUCCAUUUGGGGGGUGAGGGUAGAACAAUAACCUUUCUCCCCUUUUCCCUCCCCUUGCCACUGUAUUAAAUUUCGGAAACAGGGGAAAGUUUUUUGAUUUUCCAACUUUCCUCCGUCGGUUUCCCUUCCCCCUCUUUUCCGCCCUUAAAAAACACAGUAUAAGAGACAAGGUAACUGUGGUUGUUGAACAUUGAAAUAUUAUAAUAUAAUAAUAAUAUAUUUAAUGCAGUCGUUGCCUUUUGUUGGUUGUUGGUGCUAUCUAUGUAACAUAGGAAGAGCUUUUUUGAUGGUCGCACAAGGAAAGUUCACACAGGCUUGUUGAUUAAAAACUCGUACCGAUUGAACCACAAAAUAUCGUUUUCGGGCUCAAAUUCGAAACCGUACAAGUAGCCGUGAUAAAAACGUCUACGUCAA